CAAGCAGCGACACAGUUAUCUGAAUAACUCUCUGAAGAGAAGCGUCGAACGUUUUCUCAUCACAACCCCACAAGACCAACUACAAUGUCUCUGAUUCCAAGCAUUUUCGGCAGCCGAUCGGACCCGUUUUCAUUGGAUGUCUGGUCACCCAACUUCAUGUCCAAUAACGAGGUGUCGACCUUCGCCAACCUGCAGGUCGACUGGAAGGAGACGCCGGAGGCUCACGUGUUCAAAGCCGACCUGCCGGGCCUCAAGAAGGAGGAGGUGAAGGUCGAGAUGGAGGAGGGGAGAGUCCUUCAGAUCAGCGGAGAGAGGAGCGUGGACAAGGAGGAGAAGGGCGAGGAGUGGCACCGGGUCGAGAGAGGCCGGGGCAAGUUCCUCCGGAGGUUCCGGCUGCCGGAGAACGCCAAGGCCGACGAGGUGAAAGCCUCCAUGGAGAACGGUGUCCUGACCGUAACCGUCCCCAAGCUGCUGGAGAAGAAGCCGGAGGUGAAGUCCAUCCAGAUCACCGGCUGAGGAAGUCGUGUUAUGUCAGUUCGUUCGGCUCUUAACCUGAUCUCUGCGUGGGGGAGAUGACCAGAGUCCGAGAGAAGUUUGUGUCGUGUCGUUUUAAGCGUCGUUGAGUGUGUCCAGUGUGCUGUCUCGAGCCUUUUGGCCGAGAUCGAGGAUUGUGAUCCGGUCGGGUACGCUAAUAAAAUUUGUUUGUAUUGCAUGU